AUGGAGUGGCAGCCUGAAGAAGAGCCAUUGAGGCAGCUUGCCGGCUACCUCAGAGACUCGCUCAAUUCGUACGAUAGAAACCUCCAGAAGAAUGCAGAGAUGAUGCUUAUCCAAGCCACGGCCAAUGCAGAUUUUGUCAACUAUCUCACUUUCCUAUUCUGCACGUCGGAACCUCCGCCGGCCGUGUCCAUGGAUAAAAGCACCUACGAUGUCGUCCGUCUCUCCGCUGCGCUCAACCUCAAGACCAAAAUUCGAGUGGCCUACAGCACCAUCCCGCAAGCUAGUCUGGUUUUUGUUCGCCGAGCAGUGCUUAUCGGGCUAAGAGACAGUGAUUUACCGAUCCGUAACCAAGCCGGAAGCAUUAUCACUGAACUCCUGCAGAGAGGUGGGCUGCUGGCCUGGCCCGAAGUUCUCCAGGAACUUCUCGCGUUGGUCGGAAAUGGCUCUGGCGAUGUCCAGAUCAGUACUCAAGAGGCUUCCAUGUCCGCGUUAGCCAAGGUGUGCGAAGACAACCGCAAGAUUCUGGACAAGGACUAUGGCGGACAGCGCCCACUCGAAGUGAUCAUCCCGCGGCUGCUGGAAUUCACCGGCAGCAGCAGCCCUAUCAUCCGGUCAACCUCCCUAAGCACAAUCCAGGUUUUCCUUUCGAUGAAACCUCAGGCGUUGAUCACAAACUUUGACACUUUCAUGUCGAACCUCUUCCGGCUCGCUACAGAUACCUCCACGGAUGUCCGCAGAACUGUCUGCCAAGCGUUCGGCCAAUUGGCAGAGGUUGCACCGGAGCAGCUUAUCCCUCACUUGGGUGGCUUGGUGGAUUAUAUGAUCCAACAGCAGAAUACGAACGAAGACCCGGAGCUUGCUCUCGACGCCGCCGAAUUCUGGUUGACAGCUGGUGAACAGCCAAAGUUACAGCAACCACUCACACCGCACCUUCCAAAGAUCACCCCCUUACUUCUUAGGAGUAUGAUUUACGAUGAAGAUGAAGCAGAGAUGUUGGCUGCUGAGAAUGAGGAUGCCGAAGAGGAAGAUCGCGCCGAGGACCUUAAGCCUCGAUUCGCAAAGGCCAAGGCGUCUCGACUUGAGGGUUCCACGGAUCCAAACGCACCUGCCGAAAACGUGGAAGAGCGAGAAGAUGGAGAAAUCAGCGAAGAGGGGUCUGAGUUCGAGGAUGAUGACCCCGAGGAUGCUUGGACACUACGCAAGUGCUCUGCGGCCGCUCUUGAUAUCUUCUCCAACGUAUACCACUCGCCCGUAUUCGAACUUAUUUUGCCGUAUUUGAAAGAGACUUUGCGGCACGAACAGUGGCCGAACCGCGAAGCAGCUGUUCUUACCCUUGGCGCCGUUGCCGAUGGCUGCAUGGACGCCGUGACUCCUCACUUGCCUGAGCUGAUUCCCUACCUGAUUUCCCUGCUGGAGGAUCCUCAACCCGUCGUUCGAAAGAUCACCUGCUGGUGUCUGGGUAGAUACUCGGAAUGGGCCGCUCAUCUGGAAAGCCGAGACCAGUCGGCUCAAUUCUUUGAGCCGAUGAUGGAAGGCAUUCUUCACCGAAUGCUUGAUAACAAUAAAAAGGUCCAGGAAGCUGCGGCGUCAGCUUUUGCCAGCCUUGAAGAAAAAUCGGAUGCAAGCUUAAUUCCGUACUGUGAGCCGAUUCUGCGACAGUUUGUGCAGUGCUUCCAAAAAUACAAGGAUCGCAACAUGUACAUUCUUUAUGACUGUGUGCAGACCUUGGCCGAAUGUGUUAUGGGCGAGCUCGCCAAGCCUCACCUGGUAGAACUCCUUAUGCCAGCACUGCUUGAGCGAUACAACAAAAUCCCAGAUACGUCGCAGGAAUUGUUUUCUCUUCUCGAGUGUCUUGGCUAUGUUGCUGCCGCCUACGGAGAUGUCUUUACGCAAUUUGCACAGCCAAUCUUCCAACGAUGCGUGAAGAUUGUUUAUGAGAAUAUCCAGCAGUCUAUCAAUGUAGGACAAAAUGGCGCCGAAGAGCAGCCAGACAGGGAUUUCCUCAUCACAAGCCUGGACUUGAUGAGUGCUAUCAUACAGGCUAUUCCGUCGGAGCGCAGCGCAGAACUCGUCGCCACGACACAACCCAAGUUCUUCGAUCUUCUAUGCUACUGCGUUAGUGACUCGAACAAUGAAGUUCGCCAAUCAUCCUAUGCUCUUCUUGGCGAUUGUGCGAUCCAUAUUUUCUCUCAGUUCCAACCAUACAUACCAAACCUCAUGCCUCUUCUCAUCAAGCAACUGGAUCUUGACUUGAUCGUCGACGAUACUGCAUUCAGCGUACUCAACAAUGCUUGCUGGUCCCUCGGUGAAAUAGCCCUGAAUGAGAAUGCUGAUCUGGCAGCGUGGCUUGAAGAACUCUAUCCAGCAUUGUUAAAUAUCAUCUCGAACGAGAUGGUUGUCGACUCAGUCAACGAAAAUGCUGCGGUAGCGUUGGGUCGCCUUGGAACGGCGAACUCACAAUUGCUUGGACCUCAUCUACAACAGUUCGCCCAAGACUUUCUCAAGUCCAUGUCGAAGGUUGACUUUUCUCGUGAAAAGGCUACUGCUUUCCUCGGAUUUAACCGAGUCAUCAUGAACAACCCUCAAGCAAUGGAAUCGUGUCUUGCGGAUUAUUUCACCACAAUCUCCUCAUUCCCUCAGAAGUCUCUAAACCAGGAAGAGUACCGCGACCUCCAGCAAUCUUUCCAGCAGGUUCUUCAGGGAUACCAAAAAUUGAUACCCAGCUUUGAUUCAUUUCUUUCCCAGCUGUCUCCACAUGCGACCCAGAAACUCAAAAACGCCUAUCAGAUCUAG